GGACCCACGCGGCGCCCGGCCCGCCUGGCCUGCAGCGCUCCAUCCACUGCAGGGACAGCGGCGACGGCGGCGGCACGAUGCCCUUUGACUUUAGGAGGUUUGACAUCUACAGGAAGGUGCCCAAGGACCUCACGCAGCCAACAUACACCGGGGCCAUUAUCUCUGUCUGCUGCUGCCUCUUCAUCCUCUUCCUCUUCCUCUCGGAGCUCACCGGAUUCAUAACAACGGAAGUCGUGAACGAGCUCUACGUGGAUGAUCCGGACAAGAACAGCGGGGGCAAAAUUGACGUCACCCUGAACAUCAGCUUACCUAACUUGCACUGCGAAUUGGUCGGCCUUGACAUUCAAGAUGAGAUGGGCAGGCACGAGGUGGGCCACAUCGACAACUCCAUGAAGAUCCCACUGAACAAUGGGGCAGGUUGCCGCUUUGAGGGGCAGUUCAGCAUCAAUAAGGUCCCGGGCAACUUCCACGUGUCCACACACAGUGCCACUGCCCAGCCACAGAACCCAGACAUGACGCAUGUCAUCCACAAGCUCUCCUUCGGGGACACGUUGCAGGUCCAGAACGUCCAGGGGGCUUUCAACGCUCUUGGGGGAGCCGACAGACUCAACUCCAACCCCCUCGCCUCCCACGACUACAUCCUGAAGAUCGUGCCCACGGUGUACGAGGACAAGAGCAGCAAGCAGUGGUACUCUUACCAGUACACAGUGGCCAACAAGGAGUACGUGGCCUACAGCCACACGGGCCGCAUCAUCCCUGCCAUCUGGUUCCGCUAUGACCUCAGCCCCAUCACCGUCAAGUACACGGAGAGACGGCAGCCUCUGUACCGAUUCAUCACCACGAUCUGUGCCAUCAUCGGAGGGACCUUCACUGUGGCGGGCAUCCUGGACUCCUGCAUCUUCACAGCAUCGGAGGCCUGGAAGAAGACCCAGCUGGGCAAGAUGCACUGAGGCCGCCCGGCCUUGCAGCUGAGGGCGCUGGGUUUGCCUGCCCAGCGUCCCCAGCCCUGGGUUCCCUGCCCUCCGUUUGGCCCCGGAGGAAGGCUGCAUCCCGGAGGUGGUGGGAGGGGGGUGGGGAUGCGAGGGGUGGUUCAUGUUUUUGUAGCUACCUCUUCUCCCCUUGUUUGAUUUAAGAAAAUUUUCACUACCUGGAGUUGUGUUGCCCUGAAGGGAGCCCCCAGACCAGAGUCAGGCAACAGGGGGCAGGUGGGGGGGGGUGCUCAGGGCUAUUGGGGACCACCCCCCAGGAGGACUGCAGCUCUUCCCUCUUGGUGGAACAGCCCAGCCUCCCCACACCCCCCACUGGACCAGCUCUCAGCCAGGCUUUGACAAUCUUGCAGCCCCACCCUUUGGCCACACUAAUCAUGUAGCCCCACCCCCACCGCCCACCCCCACAGCCAACUGGCCCUGGGCACUGAGCCUUGGAGCAGGCUGCCCACAGGUACUGCCCACCUGGCGCCAUCUACAGAGGAUGGUACUUCCCAGGUGAUGCCCUCGGAACUGGCGCCAUUGAAGGAACCCCCUUUCUGCUCCUUCCCUUCCUGCCCAGCCCAGCCCUGAGACUGUCAGCACCUCCUCACCCCUCUCCUUUCCUUCUGAAAGGCAGGUGCCCAGUUGUCUGGCAGGAGCUUUGGAGAUGUAAGUCUGCCCACUGGGCCAGUCAUGGCCUUCCUGUCCCCACCCCACCCCCGAACCCCAACCAAUGUGCCUCAGUAUCUUGGCUGGGUGGUGACAGCAUCAUCGCUUAGCAGAGGGGCCCCAUCCCACCUCCCUGAUGGCGGCUGCAGCGGGUGAGGGGAGCAGGGGACUAGGAAGGCAUCUUUGAGAACUAGACGCAGUUGGUGUGCACUCACAUGCAGACAGGAAGCCUUUCUCUGAGACACACCACCACCACCCCCCACCACCCCCCAGUUAGUUCUGUCUCUUCUGUCAGCCACGGGUCCCCAGGCCUUAGGUGGGGGGAACCAGUCAGACAGCCCUGCACCACCUCCGCACCAGCAUUCGACCUCCCUGCAGCCCAGGGCUGCCUCACUGGCCCUUGGGGUGGGUCUUCACCGUGCCACGCCCCUCUGCCCCCUUCCCUUGUAGUCCUGAAAGGGAGAGGCAGUGGUCUGGCUGGAAUUCCACCAGGGAAUUUUAGCUCCGCUCUCCUGGCCCUGGGCCAGAGCUGCCCACCCAUUUCCCAUUUAUAUCAAAAUGGUUUGCAUACUUUUGUAAUGAAGGGGAGCGCCCAGUGUCCAGUUUUUUAAUGACCUCUAUGGAUAGCUCACGCCCCUGCCAUGUGUAAUGCUUGGCCCCAAUUCCACUUGGGGCGCUUCCCUUCUGCUGAAGAGCUGAUUGAUGUGGGUGUCCGUUACAUCUGGUUAUUUCUGGUGUCUGCGGCCACUAGGUGGUUUUUUUUUUUUUCAUUUCUAUAUUCUGUCCCCAGUUAUAGAAGGCAUCGCCUGUCCUGUGUGAGUAUGUGCGCCUGCAAGGG